AAAAUGUAUUCAGUCAUCAGUCAGCACGAGCUAGCUGUUCACAAACCGACGAUAAAAGAAUACACAGACUGCACGCAGACACGGUCUGAGCAAAGCCCAGCUAGCGGCCCUAGGGCCCCUAGAAUGGCUGGGAGUGAGCCACCAGAGGGUAGCACAAGUAACAGGAACAGUUAUGCCAAUCGGCGUGCGUCAGGAACAUCCUUGAGGUCUCUGCAAGAAAUACACAAGAGCCAGUGCUACUCAAAGUCGGGUGAGAUUACGCCGAGUUCGAAGGAUGGCUCGGCACUCAAGAUCAAGCACAUUGUACCGUUGUUAGAUGGAAGUUCUCGCUUUCCAAAACUGGACGAGUGUGCACAUUUUCACUAUGAUCAUAUCGAGAUCAGCCGAAUUUCGGCAUGCAUGUUCGACACCCCGCACAGUCACACGGCAAUAUCGGGUGCUGGGGAAGAGGAUAGAGUGUUCUAUGUGCAAAUCACUUGCAACAACAAGUCCUGGAUAGUGCGCAGAACCUACGAAAACUUCCGCAUGCUUGACAAGCAGCUUCAUAGGUGUGUUUAUGAUAGAAAGUAUAGCCAACUCACAGAACUUCCAAAGGGAGAGGUUUUGUCAGAGGAACCAAGAGAGAGUAUGAAGCACAUGUUGUCCAAUUACUUGGCUCGAUUCACCAGUAUUGCGGGCAGCCUCAUCAGCUGUGGACCCAUUCUAAACUGGCUAGAGCUCGACAACCGUGGAAAUCGGCUGCUAGUGACAGAUGAAUCUUCUGCCAUCAACACACCGGCGAUAGCUGCAGCACACGUUGUGAAGAGGUACACUGCCCAGGCUGCCGAUGAAAUCUCUUUUGAGGUUGGAGACAUAAUCUCUGUGAUUGACAUGCCUUCCACAGAGGAAUCUGGCUGGUGGCGAGGAAAGCGGGGCUUUGAGGUGGGCUUCUUCCCUCGUGAGUGCGUCGAGCUGAUCGGCGACAAGGCGCAGGUGCCGCACCUGAUGCGCGUCGGCGCGACGCCGUCGCCCGACGGAGCCGACGCCGGCGCCGCCGAGCGGCCGGUGAACCGCAACGGCAAGCUGAUGUCGUUCCUGCGCUCGUUCCUGACGUCUCGGCCUUCGCGGCGCAAGCUCAAGCAGAGCGGCAUCCUCAAGGAGCGCGUGUUCGGCUGUGACCUCGGCGAGCACCUGCUCAACAAUGGCCUCGAGCUUCCAAUGGUACUAAAAUGCUGUGGAUCGACGAUUGAAAAACAUGGUAUCGUCGAUGGUAUCUAUAGACUCUCUGGUGUGUCCUCAAACAUACAGAAAUUAAGGCACACGUUCGACGAGGACCGCAUCCCGGACAUGGAGGACGACUUGAUUCUGCAGGACAUCCACUGCGUCGCGUCGCUGCUGAAGAUGUACUUCCGAGAGCUGCCGAACCCACUGCUCACCUACCAGCUCUAUGACAGCUUCGUGCGAGCGGUGCAGGACGAGGACAACAGGCUGAUGCGCAUCUUCGACGUGGUGCAGAAGCUGCCGCCACCGCACUACAGGACGCUGAAGUACCUCAUCCGACACCUGGCCAAGGUCGCGUCGCACGGAUCCGAGACGGGCAUGCACUGCAAGAACAUCGCGAUCGUCUGGGCUCCCAACCUGCUCAGGUCAAAAGAGCUGGAGAGUGGGGCGGCAGCAGCGAGGCUACACAGUGUUGGCAUACAAGCAGUCGUCACUGAGUUUCUCAUCCAAUACUGUGAUGUGAUCUUUAAUGACAAGAUGCCGUCAUUCCACAGCAACGGCACACCGGGUCCUCCCAAACGCGCUCGACCGAAGUCACUGGCCAUCUCCACGCCAGCGAAGCUGCUGUCACUAGAGGAAGCUCGCUCCAGGGCCCUUGGGCUGCCUGUCAACUUCGCUUUGCUUCCUGCACACCAGAGCUACAUCGAGGUCGGUGGAGGUCCUACGGCCCUGCCCGACCAGUUUCACACAGUCAUCGAAUUCCCAGGGAAGAAGGGCAAGAAGGCGAAGACUCCCCUCGGCUGGAAGGCGUUCUUCACGAUGCGGCGCACACCCGCCUCGCACAAGGACAAGUCGUCGCGGGGCAGCAAGUCGGAGACGCCCGAGCUGCGCGCUCCUCUCGCCGUCGCCGGCCUGCUGGAGACGCCGACGCGGCGCAAGAAGCUGCGCACGGUG